UGGCAUGAAUCUUUCCUGCCGUCGGUCGACGUCAAGGUGUCUGGCGUCGAACGACGACUGCUGCACUCCUACAGCGACGUCUUCAGCGGGUUCGCCGCUACGCUGACGGAGGAAGAGCUGCAAGAGAUGGGGAAGAAGAAUGGUUUCGUGCGCGCGUUCCCCGACCGAGUGCUACAUGUAAUGACCACCCACACGCCGGAUUUCCUCGGGCUCAAGGUCGCGAGGAAGGGGCUGUGGAACGAUUCAAAACUCGGGAGCGGAGUCAUCAUCGGAGUUCUUGACACCGGCGUGACGCCCGGCCACCCUUCCUACGACGACGAGGGGAUCCCGCCUCCACCCUCAAAGUGGAAGGGCUCAUGCGAUCUCGAGACCGGUUGCAACAACAAGCUCAUCGGAGCCAAGUCGAUGAUCGCCGGUGGGGGUGGGAGUCCUCCCGUCGACGAGGGUGGCCAUGGGACCCACACUUCUGCCACCGCUGCUGGUAACUUCGUCCGCAACGCAAGCUACUUCGGCUUUGCCAAAGGCACGGCAGCCGGGAUGGCCCCUCGGGCUCACCUCGCCAUCUACCAGGUCUGCGGUGGUGACGGCAGCUGCAGUUCAGCCGAUAUCCUCGCCGGGUUGGACGCAGCUGUCAAGGACGGUGUCGACAUCCUCUCUAUCUCACUCGGCGGCCCUUCGAAGCCUCUCGACCAAGAUCUUGUCGCCAUCGGUUCGUUCGCGGCGGCUAGGAAGGGCAUCUUCGUUAGCUGCGCUGGCGGCAACGAUGGACCUAAAUACUACACCCUCUCCAACGAGGCGCCUUGGAUCCUCACCGUGGCGGCUAGCAGCGUCGACCGAAGUUUUAGGGCCUCCGUUAAGCUUCCCAAUGGGAAGGUAAUCCCCGGAGAGUCUCUCGACCAACCUAGCAACUUCCCUGAAAGCUCUCUUCCCCUGUACUACUCCACCAAGUCGCCGACUUGCGACAUGGAUCCUCCCGAUGAUGGCCACAGGGGUAGCAUCUGGGUAUGUGAGGUCGAACGCGGCUUUCUUGUAGAUGUGGUGGCAUUCGCCCAGUCCCACGGCGCUAGGGCGUUGAUCUCCAUUUCCUCGAAGACAGAGGGUGCCACCAUCUCAAUUAGGAAGAUGGGCUUUCCUUUAGUAGUGCUCACCACCCAAGAAGGCUCUCGCCUCAUAUCAUACUUGAACUCUUCUUCUGACCCCUCCGCGUCAAUCGUCUUCAACGGGACGGUUCUCGGUGUAUCCCCCGCCCCCCUCAUGGCAUUCUUCUCCUCCCGGGGACCAUCUAUGGCAACGCCAGGAAUCCUCAAGCCAGACAUCUCUGGUCCUGGCCUUAACAUCUUCGCCGCAUAUAUUCCAUCCAGUGACACUCCGGAGUAUUUGAUCGAAUCUGGCACAUCCAUGGCUACACCUCACCUCAGCGGUGUCGCUGCGCUAUUAAAGGCCACACAUCCUAAUUGGUCGCCAGCAGCUAUCAAGUCAGCGAUCAUGACCACGGCAGACACCGACAUCUCUGACGAGUUACUUGAGCCGGCGCUCUAUUACACCAAGGGCGCAGGACACAUCAACCCUAACAAAGCUGUCAAUCCCGGUCUUAUUUACGACAUCACCAACCAUGACUACGUCUCCUACAUCUGCGGCAAAUUUGGCGAAGAAGGUGCAAGAAAUAUAGCACGCGGAGUUGUGGAUUGCUCAAAGAGCAUGCCAGAAGAGGAGCUCAACUACCCGUCGAUUUUACUAGCCCCCAAAGGUAGCGCGGCGGCCAAAGUAACCCGGACGGUCACAAAUGUUGGGCCGGCGAGAUCGAGCUACACAGUGUCGAUGACCAUAUCGGAGACUUCCGUGUUAGCUAUUAUCACCCCCAAGACGCUGACAUUUACAGAGUUGAACGAAAAGAAGUCGUUCACCGUGAGCGCGGAAUGGAGCGCCGGUGGACCUCCCACUUCCGGUAAUCUAUUCGUGGAGGGAAAGUUGACUUGGACCUCUGAUGAUGGUAUGUAUGUGGUGACCAGCCCAUUUGUCGUCUCCGCCCUGGAGUACUCGUACUGA